UUUCCCCUAUUCAACUGGAUUUGAAAGUAGUCAAAAGACAAAUUAGUGGUGGCCUAGCGCAGUGGUUCCCAAACUUUUUCGAUUAACGUAAACUCACUCACUUUUGUACAUCGCCUUGGUCCCUACAAUUAACCUUAUUUUAGCGCCCCAAAAACUUAAUACUUCUAGAUCAACUGUAAUGUCAGUACCAUUGUAAAACACAAUUUCUCCCCUUUCCAACAGAAUCAAUUACAUGACCCCCACGCUGCUUUCUUUGUAGUUGUAGUUUUCUUUGUAGCCUCGUUUGAAUGUUGCGGUUGUGCACAUUUGUACGGAAUGGGUUGAGUUUACGUUACUGUUCCACAAACUGAAUUUUGCUCUGCCGGAGUACCCCUGAAGUACCCCCUCGUGUGCAUUUUACCAGUGGGCCUAUGGUCUUCACAAGACCUUCACAAGUACCCCCUGUGGAUAGGCCAAGUACCCCUAGGGGUCCUAGUACCCCUGGUAACCACUGGUUUAGCAUUUUCGGCCGCUGCUUCUAGAGAACAUGUACCGCUGCCAGUGUGGGUUUGAAUCCGGCCCAGUGCUGUUUCAGUAAAAACGCUUAACUUUCCUCUCGCCUAUACAAUAAAAUAAGUAAAGGACGGGACUGUCCCACUCCUUUAAAAAAAAAAAAAAAGUUGUGGAAAAAUAUCAGAAUUGGGCUAUCUGUGUAAAAGCAGCCUUUUAAGCCUAUUUUUUAGGUCACUAGACUCCAGAGGAUCUGUCACUCAAAAUUGCAAGGAUGAGAGAGAAUGUCAAACACAACUUUGCUAAGAGACUUCAAGCAAACUGGUCUAACAAACAGGGCCCAUUCCAGGCAAACAGUAUUUCAAACAUAGGGGCGGUUACAGCUGCUGCCCCAGACACUGACCUGUUUUUCCGAUUCACAUGUUUAAGAUACAAGUGCAUCGGUCUGCGGACCGCAAACCGAUCCAAAUGUAACAUGCAUUGGUCAGAAAAUUCAUUAAAUGACAUUCUUUCUGGCCUCCCGAGUGGCGCAGUGGUCUAAGACACUGCAUUGCAGUACUAGCUGUGUCACUUGAGAUCCUGAUUCGAGUCCAGGCUCUGCCGCAGUCGGUCGCGACCGGGACACCCAUUGGGUGGCGCACAAUUGGCCCAGCGUCGUCUGGGUUAGGGGAGGGUUUGGUCGGUAGGGAUGUCCUUGUCCCAUCGCGCUCUAGCGACUCCUGUGGCAGGUGUACGGUGUUUCCUCCGACACAUUGGUGUGGCUGGCUUCCUGGUUAAGCGGGCAUUGUGUCAAGAAGCAGUGCAGCUUGGUUGGGUUGUGUUUUGGAGGACGCACGGCUCUCGACCUUCGCCCCUCCCGAGUCCAUACCGGGAGUUGCAGCGAUGAGACAAGACUAACUACCAAUUGGAUACCAUGGGAAAAAAAAGACGGCUUGGCGUAGACUUGGGAAAGUCAGUUGUUUACCAAGAGUCAAACAGAGAAACCAGAGUGGAUGUGAAAGAGUCUGUUCGUGGUCAAGACAUCUUUAUCAUCCAGACCAUUCCAAGAGAUGUGAACACGGCCAUCAUGGAGCUGCUGGUCAUGGCCUACGCUCUCAAGACUAACUGUGCCAAGAACAUCAUUGGGGUCAUCCCCUACUUCCCUUACAGCAAGCAGUGCAAGAUGAGGAAGAGGGGCUCCAUUGUCUGCAAGCUGCUGGCCUCCAUGCUCGCCAAAGCCGGGCUAACUCACAUCAUCACAAUGGACCUACACCAGAAGGAGAUCCAGGGCUUCUUCAGUUUCCCUGUUGAUAACCUGCGUGCCUCGCCCUUCCUGCUACAGUACAUCCAGGAGGAAAUUCCAGACUACAGAAAUGCCAUUAUCGUUGCAAAGUCUCCUUCGGCGGCCAAAAGAGCUCAAUCCUAUGCUGAGAGGCUGCGGCUGGGGCUGGCGGUGAUGCACGGGGAGGCCCAGUGUUCAGAGUCUGACAUGGCUGACGGAAGACACUCUCCCCCUCCAAUGUCUUCAGGACGCACCACCUCUGGCCAUCCUGGUCUGGAGCUGCCAUACACGGGGAGGCACCAGCCUUCAUUCCCAGGCAUAGAGCUCCCAAUAAUGAUGGCCAAGGAGAAACCGCCUAUCACUGUAGUGGGAGAUGUGGGAGGUCGCAUCGCUAUCAUUGUUGAUGACAUCAUAGACGACGUGGAGGACUUUGUGGCAGCGGCUGAGAUUCUGAAAGAGAGAGGGGCCUAUAAGAUCUACAUCAUGGCGACACACGGCCUGCUCUCAGCAGAGGCCCCGCGGCUCAUAGAGGAAUCCGCCAUCGACGAGGUGGUGGUGACCAAUACAGUCCCUCAUGAGGUCCAGAAGCUCCAGUGUCCCAAGAUCAAGACAGUGGACGUCAGUAUGAUCCUGGCCGAGGCCAUCCGGCGCAUCCACAAUGGAGAGUCCAUGGCCUACCUGUUCCGUAACAUCACAGUAGAUGACUGAGCUACACGCACAAAUACGUUGUGUUCACACCGUGAGACCAAGGAUUUUCAGCUCUGUUACAUAGGCACUUGUUUCUUUUCAUUCUAGUUGACUUCCUAUGUAAAAAAAUAUAUAUAUCUUGCAUUCUCAAUAAAUGUCUACUGUUCAGUCCAAUACUGUACUGUGUUAUACUAUAUGCAUGGUAAAUGCAUCACCCAUACAGACUCUCAUAAAGAAGAAACUGCACUGAUGUAUCUUGGAUUAGUUUGAUUUAAUCCUACAGUGUGUGUAUUGUAUGCAACUUUUCAGUGUUUACGUACAGCACAGCAUUUGGUUAAUAAAUCCUUUUUGAAGAACA